AUGAUGCUGUUAGUGCAGCUUCUUGCCGUGGCCGUGUCGGCGAUUCUUGCGUCACCCGCGAUACCGGCGACUUUCCCCGAAGACUACAGUCGAAAUCCAAACGUGUAUGACGUGAGCGAUCAAGUGAUAGUUCCUCAAAAACGCGCCGCUUUGGUGCUUGACCGGUUGCUCGUAGCGCUACAGAAGGCGCUACACGAAGGAGGCGGGCAGCGCUACGACAUAGAUCGAGACGGCCCGCGCACGGCACCGCUACGCGUCUCUAGCAUGGAGACGAAUGAUUUGUCUGCUCUACAACGACGCGGGCAAGGUCCCGGUAGGGGACGGGUGCUACGGUGCUACUUUAACGCAGUGACAUGUUUU